AUGUCGUCACAACAAGCAAGCGAAGGGGUCAAAUUACCGCCGAUUAACGAAAGUUCACUUCGAGGGCCACACAGGCUUGGUGGUGCAGCUGGGCUCAGUGCGGAUGGUGUGGGGACAGUUCCGGUUUCUGUGACAAUUCCAGGUGCGGGACGUAGCACACAAGCGAACGUACGGAGUGUUCCGGCUCACACGGAUGUCCAACAGCCCAACAUGCCGGGCAGGCAGGGUAGAACUACCCAGGUAUACAAUUCUUCCACAGAUUAUGUUAACAAACCGAGACAAGUGUCCAAACCCAGCGUUGUAGCUUUUGAUGGAUUCGGAGUUCCCCGUGGAAAGAGCAGACGAAAAGUCAAUGGAUUUUUCCCGCCAGUGAAACUAAGGAAAGGUGGCAAAGGAAAUAAUAACGAAAAUGGAGAGCCUGUCGUAGGGAAGAUUCAACUUACCCCGACUACCCACACUGAGAUAAGGUCAAAGUCUGUGAUGUCACGCAACGUCGGCUAUUUCACGAAUGCCCGGAUGUCCCCGGAUUCUAUACGGACGGCGCAGACGGCGCCGGAAGGGAUUGUGUACCCUAAUAUCAUCAAUGAAUCAGACUACGAUGACAUUACUGUCCUUCCCCCACCUAAAAAAGUCCUCCCGCGUCGGGAAGUGCCGUGGGUCUUUAGAUAUAAGGUGAAACGUAAUAUGAACGAAUUGGCCAAGAUUCUGGCGAGUAAAGCCCCACAACCUGUUGUGGACCAAGCGUCAUGA